UAAAUAAGUGGCAAAGAAUAUUGGAAUAUCUUACCUUUAAGCAACCUUUGCUACAAGCAAUUCUAAAUCCCAAAAUACAAAAAAGUUUUUUUAAUGUUCCAAAUUAAAUAUUUCUCCUCAAUCCAUCUUCAACUUCAUAACAGUUUUUUUGUUUUCUCAUAGAAAACCUUUACUGUGUGGAAAAUGGCAGUAACACAUGAUGAUCUAGCUCCGACCCCGAAAGGCGGUAAUCUCGGCAGCAAAGCCGGUGCAUUUCUCAUGAUAUUUUCCAUAUUAUUAGGCCUUUUCUGCUUCAUUCUCUCUCUCAUAGCCGAAUCCACGCGCUCGGAGGUGAAAUGGACGGCCGGGAUCGAUGGAGGGAAGGAAGUAGAAACUCGUUGCACGUACAGCGGUAGCGGGAAACUGCCUCUCCUAUCAGCAACUGCUGCAUUCUUGGCACUAGCAAUGGCUAUGGUGGUGCAGCAUGUCUACUUGUUGGUUGCUGUUAGUAAAUCGGAGCCGUUGAUUGAGAUUACGUGGGACCCGGAGUCUGUUUUUGCCAAGAGUCUCGCGUGGCAAGCUGGAUUUUUCUUCGUCUCCACAUGGAUAUCAUUUGCUGUGGGAGAGAUUCUACUACUAAUCGGGCUGAGCGUCGAAUCGGGCCAUCUCAAGAACUGGGCCGAACCAAAGCCGAAUUGUUUAACAAUCCGACAAGGCUUGUUCACGGCAGCCGGAGUAUUGGGGCUAGUCACAGUAUUCCUCGCUUCGGGCCUAUACAUCACAUUACUACGCGCAGAAAUACACUUACAAGAUCAAGAAACAAUACGACGCCGUAUAGUUGAGGCAUCUGCCAUGUACGCCUCGCCUGCGCAAAGAUCGCCUACGAUAAGGGCUGCUCCUAACGAGUACCCUUUACAGAGACAGGAUCAGACCUUACGUAAUACAUUGUACUAUUACUUGACAACCUUCGACAAACAUUCAACCUUUGUAUGAAACCGGAAGCUUAUUUGUAUUGAAUCAGAGAAGAGCCAAGGUUUUUACAGAUAGCUGAUAAAAAAAAAAAAAAACAAUUC